CGGGAGGGCUCCCGCUGCGGUUUGGUGCCCGCUGUGAGACUGACGAGGGAGCGGGAAGGGGGGCUCGCUCCCUGUGUGGGGAGGAGGCUGCGAUCGGGCGUGCGAGCCCACGUGUGUUUCAAAAGCAAAGAGCCGCUCUCCUGCCCUUCCCUCCCCAGCCUGGUGAGCGCUGCUCCCGGCCGUCUGCGAGGCCAGCGCGCCGCCAGCAGGGUGCCCGGGGCUGGCCCGGCAGCGCGGGGCACCGCCAGAGGCGCGGGCAGGGGCGCAGAGGGGGCAGACGCGGCUUGUGUCGUCGGGCGAGCAGCCCGAAAUAAACCAAAAGCAGGCAGAACAAAGCUCUGUCACAACUGUGCUUCCUGGUUGUCGCCUCCUGCCUGCAAACCAUUGAACAUUUUCCACUUGAUAUCAUCCUGCAGAAAGGGAGAAAGGAGACGCAAUGAGAGAUUCAGAUACCAAAAGAUUAAAGUCAGAUGCUCAUCUACAAACUGCCUAACCAUCGUCCUUCACUGGUGAGAUAAAAGGAAGAAGUCGCAGGAAGAGAGGAACUACACCAGGCUUCAGAUUUUGGACUAUACAGCAAGACUCUGUAAGAUACUUGGGUGUUUUCUCCAUUAGUGCUACAAUGGAGACACUGUCCCAGGACUCUCUGCUGGAAUGUCAGAUAUGUUUCAAUUAUUACAGCCCCAGACGGAGGCCCAAGUUGCUGGACUGUAAGCAUACCUGCUGUUCUGUUUGCCUUCAGCAGAUGAGAACAAGCCAGAAGGACCUGAGAUGUCCCUGGUGCCGAGGUAUCACUAAACUGCCACCGGGAUUUUCUGUAUCCCAGCUGCCCGAUGACCCAGAGGUGAUUGCUGUGAUUGCAAUUCCCCAUACUUCAGAGCACACUCCAGUCUUCAUCAAACUUCCUAGCAAUGGGUGCUACAUGUUGCCCUUGCCCAUCUCCAAGGAGAGAGCGCUGUUGCCAGGAGACAUUGGCUGUCGCCUCCUGCCAGGUAGUCAGCAAAAGUCAGUCACUGUGAUGACAAUCCCAGCUGAGCAGCAGCCCCUGCAAGGAGGGAUCCCGCAGGAAGUCGGAGAGGAGGAGCAAGACAGGAGGGGCAUUGUGAAAAGCUCCACCUGGUCAGGUGUUUGCACUGUGAUCUUGGUGGCGUGUGUCUUGGUUUUUCUCCUUGGUAUUGUCCUCCACAAUAUGUCUUGCAUUUCCAAGCGUUUCACUGUGAUUUCCUGCGGCUGAAAAGGGUCUGCUCCCAGAAUACUCCGAUGGGAUAAUUUAGGGAUUGGGAAGGUGGUGGUGAUGACAGGCUUGACUGAGAUGAUGCACUGCAACAUUGACCAAUUACUACAGAACGCUUGACACUAGACAGCUGUUUGACAGUCCGAAGGCAAUCCUAAAAGGCGAAAUGUGAGACCUCUCAGCAGAGUAAAAUCAUAAUGAGCAUCUGAUGGUAACAGCAUUGAGGAAGACUGCAUGCGUCACCAUCCUCAUUGAUCAAAUGGACUGUAACUUCUAAUGAUUUUUAUCAUGUUAUGAGACUAAAGACAUCUAUUUAGCUGGUUAUACUGUAAAAGUAUAUGAUACGAUCACUUUGUCUUUAAAUGCAGUAGAUUAAAAUCAAAAUGCUAUAUGUAUAAGUAGAAUUGAACAUGAGAAUCAGUGUAAGACUCAGUAAAGAUAUUCCAGUGCCAGUCCAUACAUAUUCUUUUUAAUGGGGGUUGAAGGGGAACUGUAUAAAAGAAAAUAUCAUUUAGUUGGUAAGGCUUUUUAUAUAUUUUAAAUUGCACAUUAAUUAAAAUAAGUUUGAAAGUUGCAUAAUAGUUUUUAAAAGGAAACAUUUUACAAGCGAUUGUAUUUCAUAUGUGAUGUGUGUUUUGUCAUAUACUUUCAUUUUGUUUCCACCUGUAGUGAAGUGUCCUUUCCAAGUGUUUUGCUAAAGCAAGAUCCAAGCAGAGGAACAGGAAAGUGAAGAAGUAGGGCUACUUAAAAGUGCAGACAAAAUUUUGCUGUGUAAGCCCUGUCAUGAAGUUUGGCUUUGGCUUUGAAGUGUAAACAGUGGACAUGCUGUUUCACCUCUGGUCUGUCAGGCGGGCUUCUCAAGGCUCUGGCCUGCCUGGGGAUUAGUGAAGGGAUGGGUCAUAGAAGUGCUGGACAUUCUUCCUGCAAGGACUGGGUAGCAAAUUAUUUUUUAGAAUUUGGGACCAGCCUCGCCUCCAUGUUCAGUCAUAGUUGUAGCUGUGUCAUUAUUGACAGUAACUCUAUGGAUGCCUAGAUGACCGAACAGAAAUCGAGGUCUCAUUGUGCCAAGCAUUGUACAAAUAUCUAGCAAGAGACAGCUCUCAUCAGAAAGGGUUCAUGCUCUAGAUAGAUAGGACAGACCAAUGAUGGAAAACAGGUUGAGAGGGGAAAGGGACUUGCCCAAGGUCACAGAUGAGGUCAGUGGCAGAGCUGGGAACAGAACCCAGGCCACUUGACCAUGCUGCCUCUCCUAACCCCCUGGAGUCAGACUGGUGUAAAACCUGUGUGAGAUCAUAAUCAGGCCCUGUGCCUCCUUUCAGUAGUAUAAACCUUGAUUCCUCUUAGGGCCAAAUGUGAAACUACCAAGAGAAAAUGAUAUAUUUUUUACUGCAUGUUGAUAUUACAAAGCCCAUGUGACUGCAGUUCAUUGCUCAUAAAGGGCCAGAUUAGGAUACUUAUGCUAACACCUCAGUUAAUAAGAAGGUUCAUCACCUUUUGUGGGACUUCUUGUGGAGUAAGGUAUUUAGCAUGAGUAAGGGUAUCAGAAUCUGGCUGAAAGUCUGGAUUUGUUUGAUUUUUUUUUUUUAAGGGUCAGAGUGGGACUUGUGGCAGAAAAAAACUAUUGGUUUGCCUGAUUUGUAUUGUUAGUAUGAAGAAUGGACAAUUACACAGGUGUAAGCACAGUGAACAAUGAUCUCUAAUCUAUUACUAGUAUGCUUUCUAAUAGUUAAUUUGAGAUAGUUCAAUCCCAUGUAAUAACACUGGAGAACCUUGUUCCAACUGAGUUAGGCACAUGAAAGAAGUCCGUGGUGUUGCACCAGUGCAACUGAGGAAAAAUUGGCUCAUUAUGAACACCAUUCUCGUUCGAAAAUACAAUACAGAGCACAUAUCUUCCUUUGUGCUAGAUUCUCUCCUCUCUCCCUCCCCCCCCAUGUCUGUUUUCUAAAGAAUGGCAUAUAUAGUUAGUAUAUGUAAGGUUACACGUGAAGAUAAAGCUCCUGGUGCACUGUGCCUGCUUUUAUCUACUGUAAUUUGCGUGGGCAUAACAAAGAAAAUACCCCAGAGGUGACACAUUUGAUACCUCCUUUUUUCCACUAAGAAAAGCACAUGCAGAACCAUAUGCAAUAUGCAGAGAACCUGGUUUACAAACGCUUGUUAUAAACAUUCAGCUCCUGGACAUCAGUGAACGUGGGGUGUAAUAGAAAGGAAUAUUAAUUCCAAACGGAUGCGGUAUUCAAAUUGUUAAUCUGCAGCAUCGUCUUGUAAGGAAAACUCAAUUUCCAUCCAUGUUACAUGUUAGCGUGUAAUGGAACUGUAGCCCGCUAAUAUUUCUGCCUUUAUAAGACUCCAUGCUAGUGUACAGUUAGAGGACAUAGUGCUCUACUGCCUCGCCCCUUGUAAUCAUCUACCCUCGUGGCACGUGAGGGAGGCGAGGGCGUGACAUGCUACUAGAUCAGCUACUUGACACCGAUUUUGCACUCACUGAGCACAAGUGUAAAUGACUAGACAAGGUGCAAGACAGUAGAGUAGAAGGCCCUGAGAGUACAAUACUAAUAAUAUUAACAUUGGAAUGACCAUAAAAUGCCUAACCGAAGCUCUUGACAAAGCAGGUUCUUUUGAUCUUUUCAAAUAAUGUCUCUCAUAAAAGGUGCUGGUUUUCCUUCCCCACAUGAAGAGUGUAGUUGGAAGGAUAAACCAGAAAUUAGGUUAAAAUGCUACACCGCAUAACACAUUACUCAACAGGCAAAUAUGGGGUUUAAUCUGGUAUUAAUGAUGUAGGCAUCAUCUGACCAGAACGCCAUAUUGUAUUACUUAACACAGUGCAUUGUUUUGUUAGUGUGAGUUUCUUGUACUGUUAAGAGCCUGCUGAAAUGCAUGGCUGACCUAAUUUCUGAUUCCGACAUUUGCCUGUUUUACAGUCUUUGUGUGAGUGCAAUAAAUAAAACCUCAAGAUUUUUUGUGGGUUAGCGCCUAUUCAAAAAUAUAAUUUUAUGGGGGAAGAUUCUUCUUUGCUUUAGGCGGUGCGACUCAUUUAAAUUUUGCAACCUUCAUAUCAUGUUAGAUCACAUAGCUUUAUGCUGAUGAGCUGUAGUAUAUUGCAAUAGACAGUGUUAGACCAUUUCUCAAUUAGGUUAAUAUUCAUACUUUAAAAUGCAGUGUGCUCUAUUCCAUUUUAUAUUCCUCAGUCCCAUACUUGGCAUUCAGAAAGGAGACAGCUAUCUAUGGCUAUAACUUUGCAAAACGUGCUAGAAAAAUUAUUCCCAGGAAAAACAUUUAAACUCACAUAAUAUCCCUCUUCUGCACCAAUUUCAUGCCCAAAUGAUCAGCUCCUGGGUAGGUUCUUAAUCCUUGUAUAUCAGCAACUCUUUUGAUCACUACUCAGUUCUUGAAAAAGGAAGACAAACUUUUAUUUUUUUAUGGCAUAAGUACUAGCUGAGCAAACAUUAUUUAUACUAAAUACUAUACUAUUUAUAUAGUAUAUAUUUAUACUAAUCUUGUCUGAAGUUAUUUAUGCACCUACAUUUUUGAACAAAUACCCUUUAUGAAGGUGUAUUAUUUGUUUGUUUAACAGAGAGUACAGCUUCUUUUAUUUUAAAGGUCUCAGCUUCAGUUUUUAGCUUGUGCUUUGCUGGGAGACAGAAAUAGGGUACACUUUGUGAAAGUUUGUUCAGUGAAUUUUACAAAUUCAAAAUAAGCAAUUUUGGUAUGUGCGAUUUUUUAGAAAAUUGUGUAUUAAGUGUUUGUGCUUAAAUGAUAUGGAAAAAGCAUGGGUGGUUUUGUAAACAGGGAGCCUAAAGUUUCAUCUUUAUUAAUGAAGGUUGGUACGAAUAAAAUAUUAGCAGGAAUAGAAUGAAUACAUCAAGUGAAUUAUGGUUUCUCUAGUCCUUCACCUUAAAAUGAACAGCACAGUGAGUACUCAGUGGAAUUAUUCUGUAUUUACACUGGUGUAACCAAAGCUAGCAUUUGGCUGCCUUCCUCAAGACAAAUUUUUAAAGUAUGGGCUGUGGCACAUUUUCAAAAUGUGUGUGUGUGUGUGUGUGUUGGGGGGUAGUGGUUUUGUUGUUGUUGUUAAAUAGUUGAUUUUUGAGUAGAAAUUACAUCUGAUGACCACAGAGCUACAAAGAUUUUCUCUUCUGGUUCAAGUGAUUUCAAAUUUGUGAGUGAAUUUACUCCUUACACAAGUGAGAUAUUACUGGCAUUAGCCUGAGCAUGUAUUGUUCAGGUAUGUGUCACUUCCCCGCCAAAAAAAGAUCAUGCCAGUGCUCCUUAAUCCAGAUCAGCCAACCCCCAUCCCCUGCUAGUAUUACAGGCAUGAGGCUUUUACUGAAUGGAGAUUAUACAUGUAACAAAUUCACAGCAAAAUAAGCAAACAGGGUGAGGAUGAGACCAAACAGUUUAUUUUCACUUGUGACUGAUACAUGAUUUGAAUCUACUUUAUCUUGAUUUUUGUGUGUGUGUGUGUGUGUGUGUGUGUGUGUUAAUACCUAUUGCACUAAGGUAACAUUGUGACCUGUUCCUCAGUGAUUGGCCAGAAUCAAAAAUCCCAGAUCUAAACACACUUCUGUGAAUUCAAGCUGUAUUACAACACAGUCAUUCGUACAGAAGACAUCCAUAUGUCUAGUAAAUAUAGUUAGUCUAAUGCUGGCUUUAAAAUGUUUCCUCUUGCCAGCUGCCCAGGGCAUGUGGGUUUAAAUUUGGGGUUUUCUUUCUUUUGUGGGGGAAUGCAUGAUGACAAAUGAAUCCAAACAUCACCCAGGAGGCUAUAAGAAGGAUUUAUAUACAGUUAAAGCAAAGACCUUUAUGUUUGAGUAUUUAGCAGGGCAAGAUUCUACUGGAAUGCUGCAAUGGAAUUACAUCAUAUUAAUGAUCUUUCCUUUCCUUUACACUGUCCUUAGACCUGACAGCUGGGAUUGUUCUUCUUUCUUUCUGUCACUUUAACAUUUUGCAUGCCAGUAUUGACCCAACGCAAACUACACAGCUUGUUUCACGCUUCGGAACGUUAGCUGCCAUUUCUCAACCUGCCCUUAGCAUCUUUAGCAAAUGAGCACUUACGUGUUGUCUAAGCAGUUGAAAUUUGAAGCCCCGUAAAUGUCCAGGGAAUGCAUUUUUACAGCAUUCAAUUAAUGCUUCAGUAAAUAUCUCUUUAUUUUAGAUCUAAACAUUAGCUAAAUUUUCACUAAGUAUUUUCCCAAAUACCAGAAGCAGACAUUAGGGAGGAUUCACAGCUGGAAGAAACUAUUUAUACUAAACCCAUAGCACUCACACAGCAAGGCUCAGAAGAUUAUCUCUGUUACCUAGGAUUGAGUAGAUUAUAAAUAACCAAGAAUGGACGAAUGCUAUAUGGUUAUAUUGGGGGUGUCGUACCCCCUGAGGCAGCUUCUUCAUUGUGGAGGAGUCCACACAUUUUCCUCAGUUCCUUGUGAUAAGCUGCCUCUUAACCUGUGCCCUGGCUGCUGCCCCCUCAACUGCCCCUCUCCCCAAACACUGUAGUUCCUGGAUCCUGUUGGGACUGCCCUCCUGGUGUUCAGGUGAGGAGCCUCUGAACUGCUGCUUGCCUGGGCACUGUACAGAGGCUUCUACCUGAGGUGGGAUGAGAAGCCCUGAAAUGAGCAGGGCUGGAAGGUUGGAUUUGAGAGUUAUUAGGGGUUCGUCAAAUGAGCAAGAGGAAAGGGUAUUUGGGCCUGGAUAGAGGCUCAUGAAAUUAGCAGGGAGCUGGAAGUGUCAUGCAUUGAACUGAUUGGGAUGAAGAGAUGUGGAGGCGGGGCAAAAUUGAAUGGAGGGAUGAUUAGGCUUAUGCUCAAAUAAAUUGGUUAGUCUCUAAGGUGCCACAAGUACUCCUUUUCUUUUUGCGAAUACAGACUAACACGGCUGUUACUCUGAAACCUUAGAACUGGGUAUUUGCAGUGAGUGGAGACAUUUAUCAGGCAAAUUUGAGAAGAAUUAGAUUAGUUAUUUCUGAUGCCUGGGAGUUGGAUGGUUUGUUAUAACAUAGCUCAAGAGUGGCUUGGCCAGGCAACUUGAAAUUUUGGUUAAUUCAGAUCUUGGACCCCUUUGAGUUUUGAGGCUGAGUAUUUUGGAAGUUAAGUUUUCUGCCUAAUUAAGAAACUUGCAAAGUGCAUGGGCUGUUCUAAGGUUCUGCCCUUAAAUCCUGGGAAUAGCAUGAGUUACAAGCAUGCUUCUAUUGAAGGCCAAAGGUAUGGAAAGGAGAUGGUCAUAUCCCAGUGCAAAAAUAAACGUCACUGACAAAAUUGGCAAGAAAAGCCCAGAAAAGCUCCACAAAGCUCUUUAGGCAUUCCAUGUUAAUGUCACUGUCACGCCUGUUUGAUUUAAGAAGUUGUUUAGUUGAAGACAAAGGCAGUAUUGCUGUACUUCACAUUUGUAUGUAAGAAAAAAUUAGGGUGAUAUAAGAGGGUUGGGUUUUUCUGUUUUGUUUUUCAAUUUGAUGUAAAUAAGGCAAUUGGGAAAGUCGAGUAGUUACUUGCCCAAGAGUAUUUACCUGCCUAUUUUAAGAAUUAUAAAGCGUGUCUUAUGUCAUUGCAUCAGUCUUGAAAAUUUCCAUCACCUAUCUGCAGUUGCAUGCACUGAAUGGUUCUGAAUUUCUGGGGUGGGACCCAUUAAAGAGGGAUCUGAGUCUUGAUCAAUAUCUGAGAACUUGUCCAACUUGUUAGGUUGCUUGACUUCAGAUUCAAAUUUCACUUCUCAGUUCCAAAUCUAAGUUGUAUGUAGUCCCUAAAGAAUUGGAAAUUCAUUGUCCUAUUACUAUGAAUAACUAGAUUCUGUUUAUUUCAUAUCUCUGAGAUCAUGGGUCAGUUUUCAGUAACAUACAAAUGUUGUAGCUAGUCCUUUUACCUCUGUUGAUGGAAUAAAUGUGAUAAAUUAUUAUUUUUUGGGGGAGAAAGUUUGUGGUUCCACUCCAGAGAAAGAUGAUAUGGAAUUUAAGAAAGUGGAGCUGAUAGGUUGAUGUUAGUUCAUUUUAAAAAUCAACUUGUCCCAUAGUAGUAAGGCUCCAAUUUCCACUACGGGAAAGGAAUGCCCAGUUCUCAAAGCAUCUGAGCCAAUCUACCUGCUGAACUGCUUAUGUAUAGUUUCACAUUUAAAUAAUUUGGUAUAAUGGACAUGAAUGCUUCUCAACUUCUAAAAUUUGCUUAAGAAAUCUAUUUCUUUAAACAGUUGGGCUCUGAGUCAGGAAAACAUCCCUACCUGAGAAGCUCUUAUGCAUUGAGUUAAGCCAGUCAAAUGGAUUUAGGGACAUGCUUAAAAUUCAGUACAUGCGUUAGUGCUUUCUGCAUAGGGAUGGAUUUAAGCAUGGGCUUAGGUGCUUUCUUGAAUCAUGCUCAGUCUUUUGAAUGAUUUUCAAAAGCAUAUGAAAAGUAGCUUUGCCUUGAAGAAACUUUAUUUUGCAACUUAAAAGUAGGAUUAACAGGCAGAUGCUUUUGUGACUGUAAAUCCCAUAGUACAGCUGUUUUUGAGUAGAACUAGUUGGAAAUUUUCUGAUCAGACAUUUUUCUACCAGAAAAUGCUGAUUCGUCAAAAUUAAAAUGUUUUUCAGGAACCUGUCCAUUGGUUUCCGUCCAGCUUGCCUGCUUCAUGAGCUGCUGCAAAACCAGGACUCUGAUAGCCUGUUUUUUAGGCUUCCCCAGCUUCUUGACAGCCUGCUCUGGGCAGCUUAGGGAACCUCACCAAUUUUGUUUUGAGUAAGUCCAGAUAGAAUUUUUGAUUUUUUUUUUACACUAAAAUCUCAGACUCCCCUGGAUUCCAUGGAAAACUUUGAAAUUGUGAGUUUUUGUUCUGAUGCAGAACAGAAUUUUAAAAAAUGAUUUUUUGGGGUUUUCCCAUCAAAUGGGAAUUCUGGGUUCCAACCAGCACUAUUUUCAAACCUUUGAAUAUAGAAGCUUGUACUAACAUACCUAAAGAUUUUUUAAUUUCCUAUAAGUUCUAUUUUUAAUUGCCCACUAUUCGCAUCCUGUAGAGCAGUGGUUCUCAAAGCCGGUCCGCUGCUUGUUCAGGGAAAGCCCCUGGCGGGCCGGACCGGUUUGUUUACCUGCCGCGUUGGCCGAUGGUGGCUCCAGGCCAACGGGGGCUGCGGGAAGGGCAGCCAGCACAUCCAUUCGCCCGCGCCGCUUCCCGCAGCCCCCAUUGGCUUGGAGCGGCGAACCGUAGCCAGUGGGAGCCGCGAUCGGCCGAACUUGCAGACACGGCAGGUAAACAAGUCAGUCUGGCCCGGCAGGGGCCUUCCCUGAACAAGCGGCGGACCGACUUUGAGAACCACUGCUGUAGAACGCUCAACUCACAGAAAAAUCUUAAGUAAGAAAAAUAACAAAACUCUGGAGAUUCUAAUGACCUUUUCCUGCUGAGAUGAGCUAAGGCACUUACUAAACCUAUAGGUUGAUAUAGCUGAGUCUCCGCUUAAUGCUGGUAGUUGCUAAACUAGUUAACUACACUGAAGCUGCAAGUUUUUUGUUUUUUCCCAUUUGGGUUAGACAAGACAAGACAGGCCUGCUGCAUGUCUGGAUUUAGCAGGGAGAUAAGGGCUGUAAAAUGUGACCACUAGUAAUAUUGUGGUAUACAAAUUAUUGCAACAUUUAGUGUCUUUGGUCAGUCACCCAGGCAGGUCAAGUAUCUUGUGGAAUAUUGCCAAGAUUAACAGAUAAUUUAAAAACAAAACAAAACAACCAGAUACUGUCUGUAUUUGUUGCUAGUGAUGUUUGAUCCAUUUGACUUUUUUUUUGGUUUGGGUCCUUCUGAUUGUAUCUUUCACAAUAGAAACAGCACGCACAAAAAUAUUCUUCCUCAUUACAUGAAUGCAGUCUCCUUUCUCCUUUUCUGACCUGUGUUUAGGCCCUGGAUUUCUUUGUAAAUUUGCCUCUCUGAUGAUAAAUUACUCAUAAAUAAGUGCCACACCUUUAUGCUGCAGCAUUCUGAAUGAUAAUAAGGCUAACCAGUGGAAGCAAUGUACUACAGAACAUGGAACCUCACCAACACACUUAAAAAGUUGUAUUUUUUAUCAGUCUGCUAUUUCCAUCACCAGUCCCAUCAUCUAUUUAAAUGGAUAAAUUGCAGUAUUUCACCCUUGAAAUGACCCUGAUUUUUCUAAAAACAAACAAAAAGAAAACAAGAUAUUAUUUUCACAUUUGGUUUUUCAAAAGUAAGAUAGUAUAGGAACUGUAAUUUGAAAACGAACUGAAUUUUUUUAAAGCUAGUGCAUCAGUGGUAAAAGUGUUGUAAUUUUAAAUUUUGUUGGGGGGUAAACAAAUAGAAAUUCAUGAUUUGGAUUUUCAGUCUGUCGCGGGGUGGCUACCCUGCUCCUAAAAUAGAAGGGAUUAAAAGCAGCCCUGGAGAGGGCUGUGGUUGGGGGUGGCUGAUUGGGGAAGCAGCCACAGCUGGGCCACACCCCAGUUAGGCCCUAGCUGGCCUGUAUAAAAAGGCUGUGAGCCAGUGACCAAAGGAGUCUUUCCCUGGGGUAGGAGAGAGCAGGGUCUGUCUGGGUACUGGGAAUGAAGCAGGGCUGGGGAAGGAGCAGGCUGAGCGGGGUGCUCCAGGCUGGCAACUUCCCAAGCUGUAAGGCCUGCUCCAAGGCCCAUAGAGGUACUGGGAGGCAGAGGAAGGCAACAGGUCCAAACCCCCUUGCUUAUGAUGAGUGCUCUUUACACUGCAGUCUGCCCCAGGGAGCGGGGGCUUGGUGAUGACUGGCAGUGGCCCAGAUGGAGGCAAGGUGGGGAUAGUGAGUUGAGGGUUCCCUAGGAAGGGGAGAGCCAGAGGCAGAGUGUGAGGGGAAUGCCAGGGGGCAGAACCCCAGAGAAAGGGGCACAGGGGUCUGUGAGGGACAUGGGGGCCAGAGUUUUGUGGAUCACUGGCCUGUAGAGGGCACUCCAGGCUGGAAAAGAGCUAAUUCCCAAUGACCAGCAGGAGGUGCUGCAGGGGUGAGUCUGCUCCUGUACCCACUCCUUGAUGAGUUUCAGGUGUACAUGUGAGCUUCUGUUUGCAGUACAUCAUAAAUACUGUAACAGCUGGAAACUGUGACACCAAAAAUCUUAAUAAAAUUUCCAAUGUUGCCAAUUAAAUUUAAAAUGCUUAUUGAAAGGUAGGAAAGUUUUUUAUGGCACAGGACAACUUAGCUUUUAUUGUCUUUAAGCCUUUGUAGUGAUUUUUGUGGUGUUAGUCCUGAGUCUCACCUGUGUAACAACAGCAAUCAGGCCUUUUGCUUCAUUAAGCCAUUUGAUUGGCUCAGCUAAUGAGAAUCUAUAUGCUGUGUAAUGUAUGUAAAGGUAGCUAUCAUUUUAUAAAUCUUUAUCGAUAGAUGGCUACUCAUUGCAGAUCAGCCAGGUUUGUGAAUAAAUUCCUUGUCUCUUGAAAAGACUGUUAAAUCUUUGCUUCAGUUUAGUGACCUGGAUUUUGCCUGAGGAAAGGACAUUUUAUAUAAAUGACUUUAUACUUGGACACUCAGGACCAUGAACCAAGUUAAAUUGAUUUAAGACCAUUUAAAUUCCAAAUGAGUGUCCACACAGGGGUUUAAUGCAAUUCAUCCUAUCCCUUUUAAAUUAACACCCAUAGUUAAAUAGGAUUAAUUUUCCUGAGUGUCCCUGUGUAGAUGAGCCUUAAUUCACUUCUACAGGAUUUGGCUCAACUGGACUUUUUACCUGUGUGUGUGGGGGGAGGACAAAAAAAAACAAAACAGGAUUUGGCCCAUUGUGCUGAAAUGAAGUAUGAACUUUCUUACUACAAUUUUUCCUUCUCUCUAGAAUCAAUCAAUCUGUAAGGACAUACUAUAGGUUCUACCAUAGCUGGGAUAGUCAAAUACAUCUGUGAUAACAUUUUUGCAGUCUUAUGCUUUGUUGCCUAGUGGUUACCAUAAAAAUUAUUCCAGGGAUGAACUUAAGAGAAAUGUGAGAUCCUUGCCAUAAGCUUCCUCUUCCAGGUUUUCAAGUAGUUAGACCUAUUCCUGAUACCUUGAUAUUCCAAGAAAUGAGGGACUGCUUUCCUUUAUACAUCUUCAUGUGACAUGGAAAAAGUAGCCCAGAAAUAGGCAGAAUACCUGUCAAAUGCUGCUGCUUUUUCUGAGCAGUCUCAGGUUAUUGUGCCGCUUACAUAAUGUUUUGUGGUGGCUUCUAACCCCCUCCCCUUUUCCCCUCCUUGAUUUAACUCGUUUUCUUCUUCGAUGUCCAACAAGAGAUACAAAGAAGAGUAAAGCUGUUAAUGCAGGUCAUGUUUGCACCAUCUGCUCUAUGGCUAUUUAAAUAUUGUCACAGGAAAGCAGUGGUUGCCCUGUUUUUCAUCUGUGCUUCAAAUGAGUGCCAGCAGGGUUCCUGUUGCAGAAACUAAACCUGACUGGCAUGCGUGUGUGUUAAGCCCUGGAAGUCAAGUGAUGAGAUCAGCAAGUACUCCACAUCUGCAGGAAAACUCAAAGGGAGCAGCUGUGGGAUCCAGCCAGGUGACUCCCCUACAUACAAGAGCUGACCUUUCCAAGGGACAAUCAAAAGAGAAGCCAGUAGUCUACCAGGGUGUAUGGGAAGCACAUUGAAAAGAGUAAUGAUGGAGUCAGUUCACAUAGAUAUGUUCUCUAGGGAAGUCAAUUGUCAGCAUUCCAACAUUAGUCCAAGUAACUUGCAAUUGAUUUCAGAUCCUAUUGCUUCAGCUACUCUGUUGCUAAUAGCUCCAGCCUCCAAGAGUGUUUGAAGCAAACUGUAAACUAAGUGGUCUCAGAAAUCCAGUAGUCCUGGCUGGCGUUCCUUUGCAUUUUGAACUAACCUUAUUAGCAAAGGUUGGUGUAUUGGCAAAUUCCUCAGGAAGAAGUGAGGAUACUUGUCCUGAUCAGUACAGACAAGUUUCAGGAGCUGUAAACAAAACAAUCCAGCAUCAUCAUGACAGCUGAAGUACCUCUCAGUGCCAGUACAAAGACUUCUAAGUCUUUAGACUGGCCGUGAUAUAUAAUAAUACGGUGUGUAUACACAUUUUUGUAAAGACAAAUGUGCUUGGUUUCAAUUAAAAUCAAAGUAAGAAGCCUCAUUCAGUUAUAUUUUGCAACUCCUUUAUUUCUUAUCCCUACCCCCUCCAAUACAUUUUCAAAUCACUUUCAGUCUUGUUAAUUGGUCCAUGAGAUGUUGUGAAGGUUGAUUUUAGCCUGGAGGCACCCAGGGUAUUGCCAUGGCUCCUCUAUAACUGCAGCACCAGCUUCUCUCCUUGUAUUAUGCUAAGUAGGUAUGUUCCCUUGCCCUUUCCAACUCUCUCUCCCCACCUCCCCCUGUAGGUUAAUAAUAAUCUAAUCAAAUGGUAGGUUGAUAUUGCUCAGUAGUUAAAGUCCUUGACACAGUUCAUUUGCAAUAAUGUGUAUAAUUUAGCUCAAACUUUGUUUUAAAGGGCUAAAUAGCCCUUCGGAUAUGAGCUGUAGGUCUGUCUCGUCAAAAUUCUGCCAAAUAUUGACUUUUCAAAGGGGAUAUCAAGCUGCUGAAUGUUUUAAAAACCAUUCUUUCCUUGCUCCUCCUGUCCUAGAUGGUGUCUAGAAAGUCCAUCAAGUUUUGGUUUUCCCCCACUGGCCCCAAUUUUAAUAUAUGGUAUUUUUGUAUGUUGACCUCUGGCGUCUUGUCCUUUGUAUAUGUGGAAAUGUUGAGAACAGCUCUGACACAUUUGGUAUGAUUAAAGUUCUUUAAAAUGAUUUUGAAUA